AUGGCCGUGCCGCCGAUCCGCCGGGCGCUGCUGCUGUGGCAGCUGCUGGCGGCGGCGGGCGGCGCGGCGCUGGAGAUCGGCCGCUUCGACCCGGAGCGCGGGCGCGGGCCGCCGCCGUGCCAGGCGGUGGAGAUCCCCAUGUGCCACGGCAUCGGCUACAACCUCACCCGCAUGCCCAACCUGCUGGGCCACACGUCGCAGGGCGAGGCGGCCGCCGAGCUCGCCGAGUUCGCGCCGCUCGUGCAGUACGGCUGCCACGGCCACCUGCGCUUCUUCCUGUGCUCGCUCUACGCGCCCAUGUGCACCGACCAGGUCUCCACGCCCAUCCCCGCCUGCCGGCCCAUGUGCGAGCAGGCGCGGCUGCGCUGCGCGCCCAUCAUGGAGCAGUUCAACUUCGGCUGGCCCGACUCGCUCGACUGCGCCCGGCUGCCCACGCGCAACGACCCGCACGCGCUCUGCAUGGAGGCGCCCGAGAACGCCACGGCCGGCCCCGCGGAGCCGCACAAGGGCCUGGGCAUGCUGCCCGUGGCGCCGCGGCCCGCGCGGCCCCCCGGGGAGGAGGCGGCCCCGGGCCCGGGCCCGGGCGGCGGCGGCACCUGCGAGAACCCGGACAAGUUCCAGUACGUGGAGAAGAGCCGCUCCUGCGCGCCGCGCUGCGGCCCGGGGGUCGAGGUGUUCUGGUCGCGGCGGGACAAGGACUUCGCGCUCGUCUGGAUGGCCGUGUGGUCCGCGCUGUGCUUCUUCUCCACCGCCUUCACCGUGCUCACCUUCCUGCUGGAGCCGCACCGCUUCCAGUACCCCGAGCGCCCCAUCAUCUUCCUCUCCAUGUGCUACAACGUCUACUCGCUGGCCUUCCUCAUCCGCGCCGUGGCCGGCGCCCAGAGCGUGGCCUGCGACCAGGAGGCGGGCGGCGCGCUCUACGUGAUCCAGGAGGGCCUGGAGAACACGGGCUGCACGCUCGUCUUCUUGCUGCUCUACUACUUCGGCAUGGCCAGCUCGCUGUGGUGGGUCGUGCUGACGCUCACCUGGUUCCUGGCGGCCGGCAAGAAGUGGGGCCACGAGGCCAUCGAGGCCCACGGCAGCUACUUCCACCUGGCGGCGUGGGGGCUGCCGGCCCUGAAGACCAUCGUCAUCCUGACGCUGCGCAAGGUGGCCGGGGACGAGCUCACCGGGCUCUGCUACGUGGCCAGCAUGGACGCGGCCGCGCUCACGGGCUUCGUGCUGGUGCCCCUGUCCUGCUACUUGGUGCUGGGCACCAGCUUCCUCCUGACGGGCUUCGUGGCCCUCUUCCACAUCCGCAAGAUCAUGAAGACGGGCGGCACCAACACGGAGAAGCUGGAGAAGCUCAUGGUCAAGAUCGGGGUCUUCUCCAUCCUGUACACGGUGCCUGCCACCUGCGUCAUCGUGUGCUACGUCUACGAGCGCCUCAACAUGGACUUCUGGCGCCUGCGGGCAACGGAGCAGCUGUGCUCCCCAGCCAGCGUGCCAGGCGGCCGGAGGGACUGCUCGCUGCAGGGCGGCUCGGUGCCCACCGUGGCCGUCUUCAUGCUCAAAAUCUUCAUGUCGCUGGUGGUGGGCAUAACCAGCGGCGUCUGGGUCUGGAGCUCCAAGACUUUCCAGACCUGGCAGAGCCUGUGUCACCGCAAGAUGGCAGCUGGCCGGGCCCGGGCGAAGGCCUGCCGGGCCCCAGGAGGCUAUGGCCGCGGCACCCACUGCCACUACAAAGCUCCCACCGUGGUCUUGCACAUGACUAAGACGGACCCCUCUCUGGAGAACCCUACACACCUCUAG